UACAGCAUGUUAGGAAAUAUAAGCGUAAGAUACUGAAAAAUCUUUAAAAAGUUUCAGUGAAUGUUUUAAAAUGUAACUCUUUUGAGUAUGUGUAAUUAUUUAAAAUAGCAUUUCUGUCAGGACAAACUCGAGUUUCAAAUAUCCGCACAGUAAAUUACACCAGACACAAUUUACAUUUCACAUUGUUUAAUGUUAAAAUAGAUUCUUGUCAAAUGUUAAGUAUCUAAAAUAUAAUGGUGUCACUGGAUUGUUUAUUUAUUUCAAUUAAUGCCYAAAACUAGCUUUUAAACUAAUUUAAUAAUCCUAACAUGGUUAAGCCUUUAUAUUCAAAAUCGCAUUAGGAUUAUAGAAUAGUUUUUUUUUUUAAUUUGGGAGGUUUAUUUUAUAUAUCAUUUUGGACAGCUGAAUUAUUUAUAAAAGAACGUCUGCCGUGAAGAUUUAUUUUUGCAACGGAUAUAUGAUAAGUCGGCUUGCUAUACAUCAGAACUUCCUACAACCAACGUCAUUUUCGACGAGUUCAAAUUAUGAAAAACCUUACACAAAUUCAUUUUUAAAUUAACACUUAAAUCUAUACUUUUGUCCGCACUGCACGCAAAUUAUAGUUUUGGCAUCGGUUUUUGGUCAAAAACAACCUUUGCCUAAAGUCCACGCAAGUCUGAGCCCCUUGCUUUAUUGACCGCGUCCACUUCCUGUUUGAUGUUUGUUAGCUAAACUAGCAUAGAUACAGAUAACUAGUACUCAGCUCUAAUUGUGUUCACAACAUUGUUUCAGCUUUUUUAAAUUUUAUUUGUAAGCAGAUGUGUGUGUUAAGCAUAGUUUUAUGUAUGACUGGCUUUAACGUUGGAGUCCUGCGGCUGUCUGGUUUAAGCUAGCUGUUCACAACAAAAGGAUUCUCUGUUUUGCCUCGGCAGCAGAGGAGCAGCAAACUUUCGGAGGCUGAAACAAACUUUCCCGAGAUGUCGUGGUUCAAUCGGGUCGGUCAAGGCUCGUACCACCAGCAGCAGCCCACUGGAUUUACAUCUACAAACAUCCCGGGCAAUACCGGCAGCCCCGUCGGUCCAGCGGCAGGAUUGGUGACCCAAAACCCAAGCGGCGGGGCUGUUUUUGCUUCUCCGAGCCCAUUGCACUUGCCAUCAGCCCCUCAUCGCGGUGCAGCCUCGCCCCUCAGCCUCGAGAAUCUGUCCCGCGCGUCUCAGAGCGCAGGUCAACUCCGAGAACCAGAACCCAUCUCCUAUGUGAUCCUGCAGGAGCAGCGGUGCGUCCUGAGCUGGUUCCAGAACUGGACCUCGGCUCAGAAGGAGCGCUUCCUGAACGACCUGCUGGGGAAAGCCGUGCCGGGGAAAGUGUGCACCCUCCUGGAUUCCCUCAGUUCUCUUCAGGUCAAAGACAAGCUCCCCAACAUCUUUGAGUGCCAGCUUCACCUGUGGACACAGUGGUUUGAGUCGUGGGGGGAAGACGAGAGGAAUCAUUUUCUGCACAUGUUGGAGGAGCAGGACUCCGUUUUUGUGGCCCAGUUUUACAUGAGUGUAGCUGGCACAGCAGGGAGAGACUGAAGGAUUACAGGUGGAACAUUUCACAUUUCACCAAKUCUCUAGUUUUCAUUUAGGAUGUGUUUUUUUAAUACAGAAACGUUCCAAGCUUGUAUUAUUUACUAUAUUUUAUGUGUUGUUUUCCAAAAAAUAUAUAUUCAUGGCUCAUUGACAGAGAAAAGGUCCCAAUUUUUUGUUUUAUUUUAUUUUUUUGCCAAAAUAGUAUUUGGAAAUAAAMAAGACCGUAAACACA